AUGCCUUAUCUUCCAGAACGACAAUAUGGUCUUCUGUCUCAUCGACGAUUACUAGCUAAAUUAAAAAAUUCAUCUUCAAUCACACGACGAUUGAAAUUAGACCGAACAUUAAAUGUGCAUCGUGGCUGUGUAAAUACAAUAUGUUGGAAUGAACGUGGCACGGCAAUAUUAUCAGGUUCCGACGAUCAGCAUUUGAUCGUCACAGAUCCAUACACAACAAAAGUUCUGACAAGUGUACAUAGUGGUCACCGAGAAAAUAUUUUUUCAGUGAAAUUCUUACCUGAGACAAACGAUCGUCGUGUUGUGUCAUGUUCGGGCGAUGGUGUCAUUUUUCAUACAAACUUUGAUCGACCAGCGAAUUCGCAGAGCAAUGAUGGAUGCUUUACAUGUCAUGGAGCAGCGACAACUUACGAAGUGAGAGUUAUACCAAGAACACCAGAUUUAUUCUUCUCUUGCUCUGAUGAUUGUACCGUGCGAUUGUAUGACUUACGAACAAAAAGUAAUUGUUUAAAAGCACAUUGCAAUGAUGAUAUAUUGAUCAAAAGUAAAUGGGGUAUUACAUCAAUUGACGUUAAUCCGAUGAACCCAUAUGAAAUCGUUUGUGGUUGUUCUGAUUCAUCUGUUCGCCUGUAUGAUCAUCGGAAAUUAUCUACACUUUCUCAGUCUGACCCAGCGACAUUUCGUCGAUGUGAAGGUUCUAUCAAUGGACUCAUAUCUCGUUUCGUUCUGAUUGAUCGGAAAGUAAAACGACCGCCACGCAUCACAUCGGUUGUAUUUAAUCAACAUGGCACGGAAAUUUUGACGUCAUAUUCAUCUGAAUCUCUCUAUUUGCUUAAUCCCAAACAAACAGUAUCCCAAGAACAAGCUCAGGAACGCUUGACUCAGCAUCGAAAUGAGAAACAAGCACGAGCGAAUUUGAACGAAAGUAAAGCGACGCCAAACGAAUCAUCAACAGCUCCUGAAAAGAAACCGUCUCAAUUUAAACGGUUACGUCUUCGAGGAGAUUGGAGUGACACUGGACCUGAUUCGCGGCCAAUGAAUGAACACGAAAAAGCUCAACCAUCGACAACAACGACUACUUCUGAUAAUAACAAUGAUACGGAACAGUCACAACCAACAAGUGAUAAUUCGAAUACAAAUGUACCGCAAACAACAGCGAAUCGAGGUCGUAAUCUACAAAACUUCUUUAUGCAACGCAUGAGUGAUAUAUUAACACAACUUGUUGCUAAUACAGAAACAAACAGUGAAACGAAUGAACCAUCGACUACUGAAACAACGGCAACAGCAGAAGCAGAAGUAGCACAACCUCAAUCUGCAACAUCAGUCAGCACUAGUCCGAUUGUGGAACUACCUCCAUCACCUCCACCGACCGAACAAGAAGCACGAACGACGACUAAUCAAACCGAAAACGACACGGAAUCUGAUAACAGUCAAGAUCGAACUGGAGUAUUUGACAUAUUAUUCGGAAGAAAUCGAACGCGAAAUGUUGCUGAGGACGACGAUGAGGAUGAUGAUGAUGAUGAUGACAGUGCGGAUGAUGAUGAAGACAGAAAUGGUGGAGAUCCUCAUUCAACACCACCUACGACAACUGCAGAGAAUUCUGCAUCAUCUCGACGAAAUCGACAUCCACUAAUGACUGCCAAAUGGGAUCGCAUCAUGAAACGUCGUGAAGCUGAACGAUGUCAAGAAGAAAAUCUUCUGCAAAAUGUCCCAAGUCUCAGUUUAAUUAACUCGUAUGACGGCCAUCGCAACGCACGUACAAUGAUCAAGGAAGCAAACUUCUGGUCGGAUUCAUUUGUUAUGUCGGGUUCUGAUUGCGGACACAUAUUUAUUUGGAAUAAAUUCACCGGCAACAUUGUACGAAUUAUUCAAGCUGAUGAACACGUCGUUAAUUGUGUUCAACCACAUCCAUUAGAUUAUCCUAUAUUAGCAUCAAGUGGAAUUGAUUAUAACAUCAAAGUGUUUUCACCACUGGCACAAGCACCAAUCGAUGAUAGUGCACUUAUUCAUCGUACAAUAAAACGUAAUCAUGCAAUGCUGGAGGAAACAUCGAGCACAAUAACAGUACCCGCUGCCUUCAUGUUUCGUAUGUUGACGUCAUUCUACCGUUUACAGCGACCCGAAGGAGCAUUUGGACAAGAUGACGACGACGAAUAA